CUUGGGAUUCUCUCUCUAGAUUUGGAAACUUUCAUCAGUCAGCAAUCCGCCUACGCCAUAGCUUUUCUUCCCCCGCUCCGAAGCUUUCCAAAUCUGGUGCUCCAAACCCUAACCCUAACUUCAUUAACAAGUUUCCUAUUUUUACAGUAUAGUGUUCAGUUUUCAUUUUCUGCGUCUUCUUGGCACUUUCGUGGAUUGAUGUUUGACAAAUUCCCUGGGGAAUUUGUUUUUAGGGUUUCAGUUUGUGGUUUUCGUGGAUUUGUAUAAUCAGACUCUUCUGGUAUGCUAUUACUUUAUUGAGAUCCAUUGAUUUCAGUUCCAGAGAUUUUUUUCCCCCCAAUUUUAAUCUUCAAUUGAUUAGAGAAUAUUUUUUUAGGAGUUUCGGCUUCAAUGGGGAAAGGGGGGCAAGGCUAUGGGAAAAGAAACCCUAAUGAUGCCAACACAGUUGAAAUCUUCGCUGCAUGGGCGAAGAAUGUUAAAGAAUGCGAAGAGAAGCUCCAGGUGAAUCACGAAUUCGGAUUGUCAACGGCUGAGGUUGAAAAGCGGCGCGAGAUCUAUGGUUACAACGAGUUGGAGAAGCAUGAGGGUCCUUCAAUUUUGAGACUGGUUUUGGAUCAGUUCAAUGACACUCUAGUUAGGAUUCUGUUGGUUGCUGCAGUUAUUUCAUUUGUUUUGGCUUGGUACGAUGGCGAAGAGGGUGGGGAAAUGGAAAUCACUGCAUUUGUAGAACCAUUGGUGAUUUUUUUGAUCUUGAUUGUGAAUGCUAUAGUUGGGGUUUGGCAGGAGAGUAAUGCGGAGAAGGCAUUAGAGGCUCUUAAGGAAAUUCAAUCAGAGCAUGCAACAGUGAUUCGGGAUGGUAAAAAGGUUCCAAAUUUGCCGGCAAAAGAACUUGUUCCAGGAGAUAUUGUUGAAUUAAGGGUUGGUGAUAAGGUACCUGCAGAUAUGCGGGUUUUGAGUUUGAUAAGCUCGACUCUUCGGGUUGAGCAAGGAUCCUUAACAGGAGAGAGUGAAGCCGUUAAUAAGACAACUAAGGUUGUGCCAGAGGAUUCAGAUAUUCAGGGUAAGAAGUGUAUGGUUUUUGCAGGGACAACUGUGGUGAAUGGAAAUGGUAUAUGUUUGGUUACAGAGACGGGAAUGAAUACGGAGAUAGGGAAGGUGCAUUUGCAAAUUCAUGAAGCCUCACAGAGUGAAGAAGAUACACCUUUGAAGAAGAAGUUGAAUGAGUUUGGAGAGCUUCUUACUGCCAUAAUUGGAGUAAUUUGUGCAUUGGUUUGGCUUAUUAAUGUAAAAUACUUCCUUACUUGGGAGUAUGUUGAUGGGUGGCCUAGGAAUUUUAAAUUCUCAUUUGAGAAGUGCACUUAUUACUUUGAAAUUGCUGUGGCGUUAGCAGUGGCUGCAAUUCCAGAAGGUUUGCCAGCAGUCAUCACAACUUGUUUGGCGCUUGGAACAAGAAAGAUGGCACAGAAGAAUGCACUUGUUCGGAAGUUACCUAGUGUUGAAACUCUUGGUUGUACAACUGUAAUUUGUUCUGAUAAAACAGGCACUUUGACUACCAACCAAAUGGCAGUUGCAAAGCUUGUGGCUAUGGGCCCUAGGGUGUAUACUGUUCGAAAUUUCAAUGUGGAAGGGACCUCAUAUAGUCCUUUUGAUGGAAGAAUACUGGACUGGCCUGCAGGUCGGAUGGAUGCUAAUCUUCAAAUGAUUGCGAAGAUUGCAGCAGUGUGCAAUGAUGCUGAUGUUGAAGACUCUGGGCAACAUUAUGUUGCCAAUGGAAUGCCCACUGAGGCAGCCUUGAAGGUUCUGGUUGAGAAAAUGGGACUUCCUGAAGGAUUUGAUAAUGGUUCAUCUUUGGGUAAUAGCGCUGUACUCCGUUGUUCUCAACUAUGGAAUAAAAUUGAACAUCGAAUUGCAACCCUUGAAUUCGAUCGUGAUCGCAAAUCCAUGGGAGUUAUUGUGAAUUCCAGCUCAGGCAAAAAGGCAUUGCUAGUGAAGGGUGCAGUCGAAAAUGUGUUGGAAAGAAGCUCAUAUAUUCAGUUGCUUGAUGGUUCUAUUGUAGAACUUGAUAGAAAAUCAAGGGAUCUUAUUUUACAAAGCCUUUAUCAAAUGUCAACAAGUGCAUUACGCUGUUUGGGAUUUGCAUACAAGGAAGAUCUUUUGGAGUUUGCAACAUAUAAUGGAGAUGAAGACCAUCCAGCUCAUCAGCUUCUACUUAAACCAUCAAAUUACUCUGUUAUUGAAAGUAAACUCAUUUUUGUUGGUUUGGUUGGGCUGAGGGAUCCACCACGGAAAGAGGUUCGUCAAGCAAUUGAAGACUGUAGAGCAGCUGGAAUUCGUGUUAUGGUUAUUACAGGUGACAACAAGAAUACAGCAGAAGCUAUUUGUCGUGAAAUUGGAGUUUUUGGAUCUAAGGAAGAUAUUAGUUUAAAAAGCAUAACGGGGAAAGAGUUUAUGGAGCAUUAUAAUCAGAAAACUCAUUUGAGGCAAAGUGGGGGCCUCCUGUUCUCUAGGGCUGAACCAAGGCAUAAGCAGGAAAUAGUGAAGUUGCUCAAAGAGGAUAAUGAGGUGGUUGCAAUGACUGGUGAUGGAGUGAAUGAUGCACCAGCCUUGAAAUUGGCUGAUAUUGGGAUUGCAAUGGGCAUUACUGGGACAGAGGUUGCAAAGGAAGCCUCUGACAUGGUCUUGGCAGAUGAUAAUUUUAACACAAUAGUUGCUGCUGUUGGCGAAGGCAGAUCCAUUUACAACAAUAUGAAGGCUUUUAUCAGGUACAUGAUUUCAUCAAAUAUUGGCGAGGUUGCCUCUAUAUUUCUGACAGCUGCUUUAGGUAUUCCAGAAGGCCUGAUUCCUGUUCAGCUUCUGUGGGUGAAUCUUGUCACUGAUGGUCCCCCAGCAACAGCUUUGGGAUUUAAUCCACCUGACAAAGAUAUAAUGAAGAAACCCCCUAGAAGAAGUGAUGAUUCAUUGAUCACUCCCUGGAUUUUAUUCCGCUAUCUGGUGAUUGGGCUCUAUGUUGGAAUAGCAACUGUGGGAAUAUUCAUCAUAUGGUACACACAUGGGACAUUCCUGGGGAUUGAUUUGAGUGGAGAUGGCCACAGUCUUGUUACCUAUUCCCAACUUGCUAACUGGGGUCAAUGCCCUUCCUGGGAGGGUUUCUCGGCAUCACCCUUCACAGCAGGGGCGCAAGUGUUCAGUUUUGAUUCAAAUCCAUGUGACUACUUCCAGACUGGAAAAAUCAAAGCCAUGACUCUUUCCCUCUCUGUCCUGGUUGCCAUAGAGAUGUUCAAUUCCCUUAAUGCCCUAUCCGAGGAUGGGAGCCUUUUGACAAUGCCCCCAUGGGUCAAUCCCUGGCUCCUCGUUGCCAUGUCCAUCUCUUUUGCCCUGCACUUCUUGAUCGUGUAUGUGCCAUUCCUCGCACAAAUUUUUGGCAUUGUUGCCCUCAGCCUCAAUGAAUGGCUCUUGGUGUUGGUUGUGGCAUUCCCGGUAAUUCUGAUUGAUGAACUACUCAAAUUUGUUGGAAGGUGUACCAGUGGGUUGCGGUCAUCGGAUGCUAGAAGAUAUUCAAAGCACAAGGCAGAAUAAAAGGCCAAUAGUGUGGAUUUGUGGUCAGAAAAGACUGCUAUUUUACAGAGCCUUAAUGGAGUUCUGGAAUUUUCUAGGUUCCAACUUUUAACCCUCAUCCUUUUUAGAAUGAUUGAGAGUUUGUUUGGAUCUUGGAAUGAUUUGAUUAGACUGCUAAACCAAACUAGUUUUGUAAUGGAAUUUUUAAAUGAGCAAAAUAACCAGUUGGGUCUGCUCUUUAAUCUUUAAAAUUCUUGGUUCAUAUGGUUUA